UCAGGGGCGGGGAUUAGAGAGCUCAGGGGCAGGGCGUGGAGGGCAUCGGGAUGAGACUGGUGGCUGGAUAGUCGAUAGACUCCUGGGCGGGGCUGGGACGCAAGAGGAACCCGUGGGGACGCGAGCCUUGGACGCCUAGAUGCCCAGACAGAGGCGACCGCGGGCUCGGCUUGGCCUCGACCUCUCGUUACCCUUGGACCUGUGCUUUCUGGCCGUCUGCCUUUGGUCCCCAACCGGCCAUGCCCUCCCCCGCGCCUCCCACCGAGCUGCUGCCGUGGGAGCGCGCCGUGGUGCUGCUGUCGUGCGUGCUGUCAGCGCUGGGCUCGGGCCUCCUGGUGGCCACGCACGCCCUGUGGCCUGACCUGCGUAGCCGGGCGCGGCGCCUGCUACUCUUCCUGUCGCUGGCGGACCUGCUCUCGGCUGCCUCGUACUUCUACGGGGUGCUGCAGGACUUUGCGGGCCCUUCGUGGGACUGCGUGCUUCAGGGCGCGCUCUCUACUUUUGCCAACACCAGCUCCUUCUUCUGGACGGUGGCCAUCGCCCUCUAUCUGUACCUCAGCAUCGUCCGAGCUGCGCGCGGGCCGAGCACGGAACACCUACUCUGGGCUUUUCACCUCGUCAGCUGGGGUGUGCCACUGGCCAUCACAGUGGCAGCCGUCUCUCUAAAGAAGAUAGGCUAUGAUGCCUCAGAUGUGUCCGUGGGCUGGUGCUGGAUCAACCUGGAGGCUGAGGACCGUGUCAUGUGGAUGCUGCUGACUGGGAAGCUGUGGGAGAUGCUGGCUUAUGUCUUGCUGCCUCUGCUCUACCUUCUGGUCAGGAAGCACAUUAACAGAGCGCACCAGGCACUCUCGGAGUACCGGCCCAUCUGCGAGGUGCGCCCGCUGCAGCAAGGCUCCUCUGCCUCCAUGGCUGAUAAGAAACUAAUCCUGAUCCCGCUCAUAUUCAUCUGCCUCCGGGUCUGGAGCACCGUGCGCUUCGUCCUGACCCUCUGCGGCUCGCCGGCCGUGCAGGCGCCUGUACUGGUUGUUCUGCAUGGCAUCGGGAACACCUUCCAGGGAGGAGCCAACUGCAUCAUGUUCGUCCUCUGCACCCGUGCAGUCCGCACAAGGCUCUUAUCUCUCCUCUGCUGCCCCUGCUGUCCGCGGCCCUCCACCCAGAACCCUCCUGGGGCGCCUACUCCCCCCAAGAUGAGAGAGUCAUGGGAAUCCAGACGGGUCCCAGAAGUUCCCAGCACCUGAGCCUUGACUUUCCUCACUGUCCUCCUGGUUCCUGUGGCCACCGGAUACAGGGUCAUGCACGCGGGAAGCUCGGACCCCUGCGAAGGGACAGCCAUCAGCGCAGCCUCUUCUACCUCCUAGACUCUCAGGCAGACGCGCACCCCCUGCACACCCGUGUCCUGGCUCAGUGGGGUUUGUUUGUGUGAGCCCAAAGACAUGGGAUUCGGGGAAACCAGGUGUGCAGGAACCUGUCAGGGCACUGGUUCUCAGUGUCCUGUGGCCACCAGCACUGUUUACAGUUUUAGGGACCCAUGCCUAUGGAUGGACCCCUCCCAGGCAUGCUAUGCAUCCCCUCUCAGACAUCACAGUAUGAGGCCCAGGUUUGCCAGGAUAUUGAUUCCCUAGAGAGCCUGGAGUAGUUAGAGCUGAACAGCACAGACGGGUUCCCAUAAAGCAAGCAGGUCCACUGAGGUCACAGGAGGCUCCGUCACUGAUCCAAACCACCCACGCACACACUCAUGGCGUCUCACAGAUUCUCUGCUUGUGCCAUCAGCCCUCAAUAUUUAUUGCAUUUGUAUUUCAGCACAGGUCAGUGUCCAGAGUCCUGCCCAUUAGUCAAUCACAUAGCAUUCAGAUCUCUUCCAGUACCAGGAAGAGGGCAGCCGCACUCCAGCCUCUAAGGCUGACACACUGUUACCUGAUGUUCUCAUAUACCCGCCUUUAGGGGUGGAUUGGGAGGGUGUCUGACUUUGCACUUUGUUUAGUCAUAUUUUGUUUGUUUGUUUUUUGUAGGAAAGGUGAUCAGGGAGUUGGUGAAUGGUCCAAAUACUGAUUCCUCCCCAAAGGGGAGAUUCGGCCUUGAGCUCAGUGGUAGUUUCCAAGUUGGUCACUGCACCAAAGUAUUUAAAAAAGCCUUUUCCUCUUCCUUUCUUUUUCUUUCUUUUUUUUUUUUCUUUCCGGUUUUUGUUGUUGUUGUUGUUUGUUUGGUUUUUGUUUUUAUUUUUUUGUAGUUUUUUGUGGAAUAUAGAAAGAGGGUUCUGAGGUCAUUACAUUCUAUUUUGUUUGAGACAGGGUCUCAUUGUGUAGCCCUGGCUGGCCUGGAACUUGCUGUGUAGACCAUGCUGGCCUCAAACUCACAGAGAUCCACCUGCCUCUGCCUCCUGAUAAUUACAUUAAAAAAAAGGUUUUGUUGUGUUCUUUCUGUACUAGGGCCUUGUGCCUGUUAAGCAAGUGCUCUGCCACUGGGUUCUACCCUGAGCCUUCCUUUUGUUUUUUGUUUUGAGACAGAGUCUCACUAAGUUGCCUAGACUGGCCUCGAACUGUCAAUGAGCCAGGCUGUUCUUGAACUUGUGAUUUUUCCUACCUCGACCUCCCAGGAAGCUAGGAUUACAGCCUCCAGCUCCACCAUGCCCAGCCAGAGAAGGGUGCAAGUGAGCUGUGCAUCCGUUUCUACUCAGUGGCUCUACCAACAUUUUCCUCAAUUCAGAGAACGGUAUUGGCUGAGUCUUGGGCACUCAGAAUGGUCAGUGUGACCUCCACGGUCAAGCCAGAGAGGGAAAUGUUCUACUGUACCUGUAGGUAGCGCCCUUGGACUCUGUCAGUACCCCACAAAGCUAAGAGGAUUCAGAGCCCCAUAAAGCGGCGCAGGGUGAGUGCAAAGUCGCACUGGGCCAUCCGUUCCCAUUCUGUUCUCAAUGUCUCUGCCAGGAAAGGAAUAGUCGCCCAGAGGUCUCCUUUCCUAAUUUCCCUGGAAAGCGUUUCUUUAGGAAAAUCUACAAGGGGUGAGCUCCCUCUUGGGAGUCAAAGGAAGCCCCUGGGCAGGGGGCUGUCUGCUUAUAGAAACAGCCUAUGUAGGGGGCCUAGGGCAUGCUGAGGUCCUGUGAAGACAUUACAGCCACUUUGUGCGCUGUUGGCUUCGAAAAUGGAGCAGAAAUUCUAGGAAUUUGUUUCCCGCAGAGGAGUAAAAUAUCUACCAAGUACCACAGAGGAAAUGAUGCUGGAAUAAACCCAGCUGGGCAGGCAUUGUGGAGCCCUAGCUGUUGGAGGUCCUGGAGCCUGGGGCUCACUCAAGCUCUCUGUUUGAUGAUUGAUGCUAUCUGCCAGGCUUGCUGUCUGUAAAACCCUCCACAGGCUCCACACUUUGGCUCUGUCCAUCUGUUUCCCACGAUGCCUUGUCACUGCAGGUGAAUGGUGGUGACCCAGGCUUGGUGCCUUGUCUCUAGCCCUGUGAGCUCUUCUCAGAGCCAAGUGGGUCCAGCAGGUGCUCAGAGUUUGGAACUAGAGGAAGGUGAGUCCUCAGUGCCCAGUGGGGGGCGCUAGAGGCUGCUGGCUCCUCUAUGCCUUGCUCUGCCUGGUGGCUUUCUGUCUCUAUUAGUGUUAUUCAUAUUUAUCUGUCGGUGCCCCUCAGCCACCCAAAUAUGACCUCAGCCCUAACGGGUGUUGCAGAGCAUGCCAUGUUGUGUCCGUCCCCCCCCCCCAUCACCCUCCUUCAGCACUUUGUGACUCCAGGUUUCCUAAUCAGUUGCCAGCUGCUUUCUGCCUCUGUCCAUCUGGGGCGGGGUUUUGUUUUUGUUUUGUUCACACACACACACACACACACAUUUUUUGAGAUACCAGGGGAUUAAACCUAGGCCUCUGCAUGCUACGCAAGUGCUCUAGCAUUUCUCCACUUCCCCAGCCCUUUAUUUUCUCUUUUAAGUGUUGAAGCAAGGGUUCUCACUAGUUGUCCAGGCAGGCCUCGAACUUGAGACCCUCCUGUCUCAGUUUCACUGUUCCUGGAAUUACAGGCCUAUGCCACCAAACCCAGCCAACUCUCUGGAGCCUUUUAGUUUGUUCUGUCUCUCUGAAAAGAAUAACAAAUAAAGAUUGUUAUGUGUCCAAAGCCUAGAUGGAACCCUUCAUUUGUCUUGGCUUUGUUCAUGUGUGAAUGUUUCUGUGUGUGUAAGUGGGGGGGACAGACGGGAGUCUGACCCCCAGAAGCCAGCGUUACAGUGGGUAACAAACUAACCCUGGGUCUUCUCCAAGAACUGCCGAGCCAUGCCUCCAGCCCCCUCCUCAUGGUUUUGUGAAAUCACAGUUGUGGCAUAAUUAAGCAUAGCAUGAAAUUUUCUGGAAGCCUGAUGUUUAACCCUGGCUGGGUGAAAGCCCAAACUCUUGCUGUUUUAAAUUAAAGGAAUCAAUUAUUUUUCUCCUGUG